AUGAAUGGCCUAAUCAAUCCUGAUGGGGCUGGAAUUUUAGCAGUAAAGUUAAGUGGUGUGGGUGAUGAAGAUGUACAGUUAAUUGAUGUUACUCCCUUAUCACUUGGUGUGUGGUGUAGGGGAGAUGUUAUGGCUGUGUUGAUCCCGAGAAAUUCACCUAUACCAACCAAGAAGCAACGUCUAUUCUCUACAUCUAUCGACAAUAUAACUUCUUUGGCGAUUUAUGUUUGUCAAGGUGAAAGAGGCAAUGCUUCUGAAAAUUAUCUCUUGGGAGAACUUGAUCUGUCUGGCUUUCCUCCUGCUCCAAGGGGGAAGUUGGGAUCAAUAUUGUCGAAAGCAGAGAUUGAAAAGAUGAUUGCAGAUGCUGAACGGUUUAAGCUUGAGGAUGAAGCACACGUGAAGAAGGUGAUGGCUCAUAGAGCUUUAGACCAAUGUGUUUCUAAGAUGAGAACCAAAAUAAAGGAUUACAAGGUUCGAUUGAGUCUUGUAAAGGUGGGGCUUAAUGUAAAAGACUUGGUAUCCUUAGAUCAUCAGAUUAAGGAGACACUUGAGUGGCUUGAUGAAAAUCCUGAUGCUGAACAGGCUGAGUUGGAGGACAAGAAAUCAGAACUUUACAAUAUAUGUAUACCGAAGAAGUUCCACCACGCAGCAAAAGACUUACUUAAAAUUAUAUUCGAGUAUCAGUAA